AGUGCUGGUGAUGUAAGCACAGUGUCCAGUGCUUACCCCACUGCUCUACCUUCGUCCACAUGCUGCCAGGGGUUGAGUGAGGUUGGACAGAGAGGACCGUCCCUGUCGUGGCUAACCCUGACCACCACAGACUGACACACCAACGAUACUGGCAGGCUAAUGGCAGCCCGUCUGCUCUGUCUCAGGGGCCGGCUGCUGAUGACCUGGGACACAGUGGGAAAGAGAAAGUGUUGACCAGCCUGAAGUAGAGGAAUGUAGCUAAGCCGUGGGGAGUGGUGGAUCGGCUCAGUGUGACCAGGAAAACAGACAGACGGACUUCUGCUGGCUUAUUACUCCACUCACUCACUGUGCCCUGCUCAUAGAAGGCCACGUAGUCUCAGGUCUCCAUGGACUUGCUGCAAGACUCCAGUCAAACCAUGUGGGGCCUGAAUGCCCGUUUAAAGGGCUUCCUGGAGCAGGUGAACAGGCUGCAGGAGACCAACCGGAGGCUGGAGGCUCAGAUAGCCGACUGGGGCAUUAGAAACGACUCACGCUCCCGGGACUGGUCCUUGCAAGAGCAGACUGUCAAGGAGCUCCGAGCACAGGUUGGUAGACUGUUGAUGGAGAAUGCUCAGUUGGCACUACAGUCAGACACCAUGAAGUCCAGAGCUGCUGCCAUUCAGGCCAGGUGUGAGAUGGAGGAGAGGAAUACACUGCGCCUGGAGCAGCAGGUGGCUCUGCUCAGAGAAUCAAAGAGGAAGGCGGAUCAGAGCGGUGUGGCACUGGAGGCGGACCUUCGACGCUCCAUGAUGGAGCUGCAGGAGAUGAACCAGGAGUUUGAGGCAGCCCAGGCUCUACAGCUGCAGCGGGCCGGCUCCUGCGAUGAUCUGUUAGAGACGGCAGCAGCAGCAGUAGCAGGAGGUGAGAAGGAGGAUGGCACAGGGAUGGAGCUCACCCAGCUCCUCGACAGAAUCAGAGCGCAGUGCGAACAGAGCAGAAUCCCCGGCCCGGGAGAGAGGAACUUCAACCUGGGCUCAGUUUCAAAUCCAGUCCCCAGCUCUGCCGGGCCCAGCAGCUCUGGAGCAGCAGCAGCAUCCAGAACACACAGAGGAGCUCUCACUGAGGAAGAGGCAGCAUGGGCGCAGGUGAACUUUGGGAGUGCUGCCCUGAGGGAGGCUCGGGCCGAGCUUGCCGAGGCCAGGAGGCAGUGGCACUCCCUACAGGUGGAGAUUGAGACCCUACAUGCCAUGGAGAAAGGCCUGGAGAACUCCCUGCAGAACACCCAGCGUCUGUACUCCAGCCAGCUGCAUGAUCUUUCCAAGGUGAUCGCCGGGCUGGAGAGCGAGCUGGAUCAGGUGAGGAGCGGACUGGCCACCCAGCGCCAGCGCCACAGCCAGCUCCUCAACACCAAGAUGAGACUGGAGCAGGAAAUUGCCACUUACCGGCGUCUGCUGGAUCGUGAAGAGGGCAGGUACAUGGGUCGUAACGUUCGGCCGAUGAGUCUGCAGCCCUGGAAGUCGUCUGUGGAGGAGCAGAAGGAGAGCUGUGUGGAGAACGGCUUCAGUGACCCCGCUCUGACUCCGGAUGAACCAAAGUCUGAGCCCCUGCCUGAUAUACCCUCUCUCCUCCCUGCAGACAAUGGGCUGAAGAAGAGCAUACUGCACAGACAGCAAAGCCUUGUUAUACUCACAGAGCCAGAGCAAGAUAAAGACUUGCCAAUCUCCACUGUGAAGACUCAGGAGAUUCUUCAGGGCAAUGUGGUGCGAGAGAGCGCAGAGGGUCACGGCACCAUCGAGACGGAGAAGAUCGAUAAAGUGAUCAAACAGUGGGAAGGCUCCUUCUUCAGAGGGAAUCCCAAGCUGCGGAAGAAGUCAGUGUCUCUGCGCUUUGACCUACACAUGGCAGCAGCAGACGAGGGCUGUGCCCAGACCAAACAGGACAGCCUCCCUGACGUGGAAGUGCGUCUCAUCAUGAAGCGGUCCCGCAGCAUCCCAACUAUCACUCCAUAACCCUUUCACUGGAGAUACAACACUGGUGUGCAGCUGUUUUUGGUAACGCUGAUGAUGUCGAAGUUACAGAUAUGUGUCAUUUUCAGCUGGGGUAUUCUCAUCCAUUCUUCACGCUUAGAAUGAAUUUCAGAUUCAUUGAACUUUGCAUAACAACUGCUAAAUUACGCUGAGAUUUCAUUACUUAAAACUUGGCAAGUAGACAUCUUCCAUCAGGCUUUAGCUGAUCUAACAGCACCAUUUUUACAGUGCCAGAAAACACAUCAAAUAUAUCAGACCCACCUUACAGAGGACAGCUGAAGAAUAUGAUAAUAUCUUUGUCAUCAUUCUAGAUCUAGUAAGUGUCUCUCAAUAUGUUGUUAUUUGAGUGCAAGGUCAAUAGACAGCUGAGAUUAUAUCAACCACAUUCUUAAGUACAGCAGCUCUUAUAGUCACUUAGAUCAGGAGACUGAGUGAAAAAAAAUGCGAUAUACCAAGGUGUGGAGUCACAGAUUACUGGUUGAGUUUUUCUCCUAAAGAGGCUGUACAAAGAUGGAUGGGGCCUCUGGUCUUAGGGAAGGGUUUGGAUGGGGAUGGAGAUUUCCUUUUUUAAGUACCUGAAUGUUUUUUCAGUUUGAUUUUUGUUGAUUUUGCUAAAGCACCUCCCACCUACCCUUAAUCCUACAGAGCAGAACUUCAGUAAAAGACGUGA